AUGGAAGGGCUUCACCCCGCCCAGAGAAGAGCACGGAGCCAGCUCUCUUGUACGGCUUGCAGGCAGGGGAAACUCCGGUGCGAUCGAUCACACCCGUGUAAUCAGUGUAUCAAGCGGUCCCGCGAUACGUCGUGUUCGUAUUUGGCCCCACCGCAGAAGAAGAAGCCCAACCAGAAUAUGCGCGACCGGGUGAAACAUCUGGAGAGCCUUGUUGUCGAUCUGAUGUCGAACAUGGAGAACAAAAGUCCCAAAUCGUCGGAUCCGUCGAACCCCUCCAGAUCCACAUCAGUAUCUGAGUCUUCGAAAGAGUCCGAAAGCCCUUUGACAAGUACGAACUCAUCGCGAAGUCCUGGCGAUUCGUCGGAGACUGGGAAUUCCACCACCACGGAGCAGACGGACGUCGAGGUGGACCCCACGGCAUUUGGAAAUAUGCAGAUCUCCAAGGAUGAGACGAAAUGGUCUGGACCGUUGCAUUGGGAAACUGUUUUGAACGACAUCCAAGAGGUAAAGGCUGAACUUGGGGACAACGAAGAACCAGACGAAUCUCCAGGGGAUGAUGCCCAACUGCCAGAAUCUCAGAUGACGCCGCUUUUCAUACUGGGUGCCGCAGCCCCAUAUGGAAGAGCGCAACUCAUGGAGCAGAUACCUAAAAAACCCGAGGCAGACGAACUGAUCUCUCGGUGGUUCAAUGCCUUUGAUCCAUUGACGAUGAUGAUACAUCGCCCUACAUUUCAGCAAGAGUAUUAUAACUUUUGGUCCGACCCAUCGAACGUCCCCAUCACCUGGAUUGCGAUGUUGUGUGGCAUCAUGUCUCUGUCUGCCACACUACGGUAUGUCGACGAGCAAGAUACCGCACCGGCUGAUGCCCUUGAGAAAUGCGUCGCAGACAUGAACCAAUAUCACGGCAUGGCUGCCAUUGCAAUGUCAUUGGGAGACUUUAGCAAGCCUACCGCCUACACGGUCGAGGCACUGAUGGUCUACGCCGAGUGCGAGUUCAUCCGCGGCAAAGCCAACCAAAUGAGGGUGUGGCUUCUUACGGGACUCAUCCUGCGCGUGGCGCUCCGAAUGGGGUAUCAUCGUGACUCCAAACAUUUCCCCAAUAUUUCCCCCUUUGCUGGAGAAAUGCGGCGGCGAGUGUGGUGGGUUCUGUAUCAAUUUGACAUCUUGGGUUCGUUCCAGCUGGGUCUCCCAAGCAUGGUCAGGGCAAUCCAAUCUGAUACUGCGUGCCCACGUAACCUCCAUGACUCGGACUUCGGUGUCGAUUCCAAAGAACUUCCCCCGGCACGACCGACAUCCGAGUUGACGAAUGCGUCGUACUCGACCGGGAAGAUGGCGCUCAGCACGAUUUUUGGCAAAGCCACAGAUUUCUCCCAUGCUCUCACUGAGCCUACGGAAGAAGAAGUUAUGCAGUUGGAUAGGGAACUGCAGGACGCCUAUGCGAAGCUGCCGGAAUCCUUGAAAUCACCUCGAAUGAAUGAAUAUUUAACGAUCACUCACAGCACCGAGCUACUGCUGUGCUCGAUCAACAUCGGGAUGCUUUAUCAGAAGACGAGAUGUGUGCUUCAUCGUCGGUUCCUCAAGCACUCGAAGGGCGAUGAACGCUAUAAAUACUCACGGGACUCCUGCAUCUCCGCUGCUAUCAGUCUUCUCGAGCAUCACAAAACGCUGGACAUCGCCUGUCGGCCAGGCGGGCUGCUAUGGAAGUACCGUUGGUACACGUCAACUGUCAGCACCCAUGAUUUCCUCCUGGCAGCCAUGAUCCUAUGCCUGGAGCUUUCGAACCACCAGCAAAACUCUUGCGACGCCAACCUGUCCAAUAUUCCCCUACCGUGUCUAGAACAAUUUCACCAAAUACAUGACGGUCUCCAAUCGACGUACGAAAUCUUCCAGAAGACGGAGCCGAAGACGACGGAAUUGAAGCAGGCGUUGUCGGCAAUGGCCAUCAUGCUGCAGAAAGUUCGGGGGCCACUCGUAAGGCUCGCUAAGGUUCGCCAGGAGCAGAACAUGAAGAAUUGUAUGUGUUGA